UUGCAGACCUUGUCACAGACGCCUGCGUCAGCAGAUAGAGACUACCAAGUCAUGGUCAAGCGUCUGGAGCUUGAUGUUACCAAGAUGCCACAUCGGUCUCCAACGGGCCGCGCAGAAUUAGAUCUGACAACUCUCAUCACUCCCUUGAGGACUCUCAAAGAGGUCGAGAUAUUCGACCCCCACGAUCGGCCACCAUAUAGGCAAGCACAACUGACUGUGCGUCGGCUCGCCAGUAGACACUAUCCUCCAGGGCUCUUCACGAGUUUGGAUCAGAGCGGAGCAAGAUUGAAGGGCUGGACGUGGAAUCAUUUUCUGCUUACGGAGACUAUCAAUUCAGCGAGCAUCCUACGGAUGAAGGACGUUCACGGACAGGUGUCGUUCCAGACUCUCCGAGACUUGGUCCUCACAAAUUUUCCACAGGACCUAGCGGACGUUGAAGAUCAGCCGUCACAGGAAGAGCUUUUAGCGUCAGCUCUGGCCGCUCUUCCCAGCCUUCGGGCUAUUUCAUUCGUGUCGUCUACAGUCGUCAACGAGAGGCUCCUUCCGCUACUCCCAGAGACACUCGUCUCGUUGACGAUUGCCAACUGUGGGAUGCUCACAUCGGAAGUACUUGGGGCCUAUCUACUCACCCAUGGAAACCAGCUGGAGGAACUGAUCCUGAACCACAACCAAGCCCUGAAUCUGUCGUUCUUGCCUGAUCUCAAGAGCUCAUGCCCUCGGUUGGAAGUUCUCAGGAUGGACCUUAACUACUACUCCACAUUCACCACAUCACGAGAUGCGGACCCCAAGUACGACGAGCUUCUCACAGAGGAAGAGGUACCGUCUUGGCCAUCCACAUUGCAAGUCCUGGACCUCGUUUACCUACGGAAGUGGUCUGCGCCUGCCGCCAAGACAUUCUUCAAGUCGCUGAUUCAUGCCGCCGCAGAGCUGCCGGACCUUCGCGAACUUGUGUUGAAGGCCAUGGUAGACGUAAACUGGCGUGAGCGAGCCGCUUUCCGAGACGAAUGGAUUCCGCGUUUCAAGAGGGUAUUCCUCGAACGAUCUGCGCCACCCAGUGACCACUUGGUAUCCUUGCGUGCUUUCAGAGAAUGGAAGGCUUCGCAAGUAGCCGGCGGGAACGGGAAUGCAACCGCCCAGGGAGACGUCAGCGAAGACGAGAUGGAUGAGGCGACGACGACAUCGCCAAUCAUCAGCUCGCCGAGUGAUGGAAUGGAGAGUUCAGACAGUGAUGCGCCCAUCUUACCCCGGGGCGCUCGUAGGCGACAGGCUCGGGGGUCGGACGAUAUUUGGGAUACCAAACGUCUGCGCAGCCGCGCCCGAACCUCGGAGAGCGAAAAUGACACAAACUCACCCCAAGAAGUGAUCGUCGAGAAACAUGUUCAAGGUAGAUGUCGUGUGGUGGAUAUUCGCAUCGACAAUCUCCGGCCUAGAGAAGAUGUGUUCGAUGAGGGUGACUUCUUGGACUCGGAAGUGAGCGGAGACGAAGAUUGGAAUGGUAACGAAGAGAACGAUAACGAUGGGUAUGCUUGGUAGGUAAUCGGGCGUGGAUUUCCUCUCUUGUAUAACGUAUCUACAUUUACGGCUGGGGUGCAUGGAAAUGGUGUUUUGGAGACGGGCCAAAGUGUCUCGGCGGCUUCCACUCUUCCUUCACACUGUACAUACCUAUCGUUUCUCAACUUACAGGCCCAGCGCUUGUACAACGUCUUUGGGGGCGCAAUCAGAUGGACACAUGGGAGAUGAGAACUCUUGCCAGGCCUGGGGCAUUGGGGGGUUCUUGGCGAGCGAAUGAAACGAUUGAUCUCAUCUCAUCUCACUGAUCAGGGUUGCCAGCUGCUAGCUAUUGAUAGAAAAUGGAGUGUAAUACCGCUCAGCUGCUCCCCUUCGGGCGCUGUGCUGUUUGUGCUUUCACUCG